UUCAUCCCGGUCCUUUCGCCCACGCAGGGAACGAUGCCUCUGGAAGUGGUGGUGGAGUUGCAGAUCCGGGCGAUUUCCUGCCCAGGGGUGUUCCUUCCUGACAAGCAAGAUGUGUACCUUGGGGUUUACCUCCUGAAUCAGUACCUGGAGACAAACUGCUUUCCCUCUGUGUUCCCUAUUAUGAUUCAGCAGAGGAUGAGAUUUCAAAAGUUAUUUGAAAAUGCAAUAGAUCCUGGAGCUGUAGCAGACAUUUUAGAAAUGUGGGAAGAGUUGGCCUACUAUGAAGAAAACACACGGGAAUUUCUUUUUCCUGAGCCCAAGCUGACACCUUCGAUCCCUGGCAUAGGUAGGGAGGUGCUCAUGAAAACGGCUGCAGGUUUUCCAGGUAUUGCUCCAAAAAUAGAGUUUUCUACAAGGACAGCCAUCAGAGAAUGUGUGUUUCUGCAUAGAAACAGAUUUCUUGAAGAAAUGUUUAAGUCACGAAGGCCUUUAUUUACAUCAUAUGGACCAACAUUCCCCUUAAAAAAUAAACAUAUGAAGCGAAGAGAAAUUAAUCUCAACAGAUUGCCCCAAUGCGUACAAUUCUGGGAGCCCUCUCCAUAUUCUACCAGACGUUUCUUCCAGGACCAAACAGCUCAACUGAACCUUGGAAAUAAUUUCAAAAUCCCUGGAGAAAGCAAACCUCCAUUUGUAGUUAGACAUGUGGACAGUGCAAAGCCCUUUGGUGAGGAUAUUUCAGAGCAUUAUUCUCCGAAGUCUAGAAGAAAAUCUAAGUUUCCAAACUUUCCCUUUCCCAUGAGAAGAGCUUCUUCUCUUGACAGCCUUGCAGCUAACGUAAAGGUUAUCAAAGAGCCAGAUGAACGGAUUUUUUUAAGGCAUCAGUCACCAUCACCGUUAUGUCCGAGAAAGUUUAGAAAGCCCUCGCCCAGUUACAGUAACCAAGGGGAUGCGGAUUUCCACCUGGGAACUUCAUUCGCCACCUCCCGGCACUGCAGAUCUCCCAGCCCCCCUCUGGAUCAGUCCCGUCUCCGGGGAAGGUCAGCGGCAAGCGCCCGUCUCUUUGCUUGAAGAGUGUCUGUGUUCUGGCAGGAGUCACGCCAGGCCACCUCACCAGUUUGCUUCCUCAGGGAUAUUCAGCUGGGGACACCUUGAUCUAAAAAAUUAUUAUUUCUUUAAACGUCUUCCCCAAAGUAAAAAUUCUGCCUUUCUCUUGCCUCUGGAAAACAUAUCUCAGGAUGUUUGUUGGGAAUGGGAUAGACAGCUAACUUGACAUAAGUGCUAUUUAUCUAUCCAUUUUUAGAUGUUAUGCAUUUUAAAACUCAAUCUUUUGAUUUCACCAGUAUAACAGUAGUGUUCACUAUUUAAAUUUAGGAAAUUACAGAAAAAAAUAAGUGAAAAAAAAUCACCCAUAGUCCUGUCACCUAAAGACAAACAUUAACAACACGUGAAUAUGUUUUCUUUCUCUUUUUCUAGACAUGGUUUCCUGGUUUGUUUAUAUUAUUGUUACAAAUUUUAAAAACUGUGAUUGCAUAUGUCCGGAGGGCAGGCCAGAGAGGAACAGGAACCUUGAUUUUUCCAAAUUGCACUCUCUAAUCUCAUGAUUAACCAUCCGGUUUGCCCAGGACUGUCCUGUUUUAACCCUGACAGUCUGGCAUUCUGGGGAAACCCCUUAGUCCCAGGCAAACCAGGACAGUUGAUCACCUUCGCGCCAGGGAAGUGGCACCAAGGAUAAUAUUAGUGAGGUAGUGGUUUUGAAUAAAGGAUAUGCAGUCUGCUUUACUCUGCAAUAUUAGUGAUGAGAAUAAGGUAAGUCCUUAUAUCACAAUAACACAGUUGCUCACAAAGGAACUCAGUAAGUAUCUCUAAACAAGAUUUUCAUAAUCUAUUUGCCAAUUCUGCUUCAGAACUUAGGAGUUCAUACCCACCCCCUCCCAAAAAUGAAUGAAUGAAUUCAAUCACCCAAGAAAUAUUUAUUAAAUACCUACCAUGAUAUUCAAUACCUAUGAGGCCCUAGGACAGUGAUGGCGAA